AGCAGAAAGCGAAGGAGAAGCAGAGAGGAGAAACAGCCUCUCUCUCUCUCUCUCUCUCUCUCUCUCUCUCCGCCUAAGACGAUGUCGACGGCGACAAGCAGCGGCAGCAGCGGGCUGACGUUCAAGCUCCACCCGCUGGUGAUCGUCAACAUCUCCGACCACUACACACGUGUCAAAUCCCAGUCCCUCCACCCAUCUUCACCCGCGGCUCAAGUUAGCACCAACGGCGCACCCUCCUCCUCUCCUCCUAGGGUUUUCGGUUGCGUCAUCGGCGUCCAGAGGGGCCGGACGGUUGAGAUCUUCAACAGCUUCGAGCUCCUCUACGAACCCUCCACCGACUCCCUCAACCGCUCCUUCCUCGAGAAGAAGCAAGAGCUCUAUAAGAAGGUGUUCCCGAAUUUCUACAUACUCGGAUGGUAUUCUACGGGGAGUGAUGCUCAGGAAUCGGACAUGCAGAUUCAUAAAGCUUUGAUGGAUAUAAAUGAAAGUCCAGUGUAUGUUCUUCUGAAUCCUGCAAUCAACCACGCACAAAAGGAUCUUCCGGUGACCAUAUAUGAAAGUGAAUUGCAUGUCAUAGAUGGGAUUCCCCAGUUGAUAUUUGUUAGAUCAAACUACACCAUUGAGACUGUAGAAGCAGAACGAAUCUCUGUUGAUCAUGUAGCCCAUCUUAAACCAUCGGAUGGUGGAUCUGCUGCUACUCAAUUGGCUGCACACCUUACGGGUAUACAUAGUGCCAUCAAAAUGCUUAAUAGCAGAAUCAGAAUACUUCACCAUUAUCUUCUUGCCAUGCAGAAAGGUGAUAUUCAAUGUGAGAAUUCAUUGCUUAGGCAAGUUUCAAGUCUUUUGAGGAGAUUGCCGGCCAUUGAAUCUGUGAAAUUUCAAGAUGAUUUCUUGAUGGAAUACAAUGAUACGCUCCUGAUGACUUACCUUGCCAUGUUCACCAACUGCUCAAGCACCAUGAACGAGCUCGUUGACAAGUUCAACACUGCAUAUGACAAACAGAGCAGAAGGGGAGGAAGGACUGCUUUCAUUUAGUCACACUGCUGCUAUUUCUGCUUGAACCAGAUGCAGUUUUUUGCACAGCAGCUCUCCCUUUUUUUCUGGUCAUAGCACAUACAUUUUUGGAGCUGUGCUGAUUCAGAAAGAAAAUUUAUUGGCGAAAAGUUUUAUAGGAUAUUCUGUCUCUUUUCCCAUUUAUUUUGUAUCCAGGAUAUGAGGAUUUUAGUCCUACAAGUUUGGUUUGGAUGAGUUUAUUACUAAGGAGAUGUGUUGAUUCAACUUCAUAGAUAUCUAUAUGUUUUUUCUCAAGUUUAUCCAAUAUCAUUUUGUUAUUAUA